AUGUUUGGGUACAGCCUUCCUCAGAAAGCUUUGACUAGCGUGGAGGAGGAAGCUAAGGCCAUGUGGGAUGUUCUAAAUGAUGCUGCUCAUUCCAAGCCUUCUGCGGGCACGAAUUUUCGUUCGGAGCGUUCUGUGGUCCAGCAAUUGAGUACCAUGUUUACAUCCCGGUCUGCCGAAAUGGGCAGUGCCUCAAGACAUAUCAGCAGAGAGACGAUUGAGAAACUCAAGAAGUACCUAAUGAAAUGGAUCUUUUCACGAAAAUGGCAUCAUAUCGCGGAGGAACGAGACGAGGUAACAAAGCUGAUCAGGAUAAAGUACAUCAGGGCCUAUAAUGCGAAUUAUUUGUGGCAUGAUUCACAGAACCCCUGCUUCUACAGGGCCGUUAAAGGAUUGAGCUAUGGACCCUUAGAGAAUUCUCACGAAUACUGUGACAUUUUGUGCAAGUAUAAACCGCUUCACACUGCCGCGGAAGAAGAGAUUCAACGGUUUCAACGUGCAUCAAUCCUGGAACAGGUAUCUACAGAGAGGUUCGCAGUUCUGGUCAACCGACAACUCAGGGUAUGCGUCCAUGCUUGUCCCCAGAUGGCUGGACUUGAGGUCCAAAUUGUCGGGGUAAGACGACGACUGCAGUUGAAUAUUCUAUACCUGAAGGAGUCUGGGACUAUCAAGGCUCAAGACGAGUGGUUGAGGUCAGAGUUUGCUGCGGCAGAGCUUGGCCUAGAAGAGGUUGAACUGAACUUCGAAGACCUACUCUUCCAUACGGUUAAGGCACUAUUCAUGGAUGUAUUUGGGCAGCUGGACGAAGGUAUGUUCGCAAAAAGUUCUGGGGAUGUAACCGAGACCCCACUGCCAUCCAUCUUGGCACAGGAAGAAGGAGCUGCGUCUUACAGAGCAGCGGCUGACUACGUGGCCACGUGUGAUGCCUGUCACGUAUUCCCAAAGUGUCUCUGCUCAAGAGAGGUGUGCCGAUCUGCAAGGUGGGUUUGGAAAAGGGGGCGUAUCAACAUGGUUGCCAGAGAGCGCGUAUGUGGAAGCCCAACUGCACGAUACAGCCACCUGCGCGAAUCUCAAGCAAACUGCCCUAGUCUCUAG